ACUGUCAACAACGAAAAUCGCGCGCGCGUUUGGACUCUCUUGCGAGCUUCGUUCGGUCGGGAAAAGGUAAAUUCUUUCUCCUCCCAGUGGUGGUUGUUUGGAAAAUUGCUCCACACCGUAAACCCGGACUAGUCAUUUGACGGCGAGCGGCGGGGGUAGUAGUUUUUUUGGAGCGACUGAAUCGGACGUUUAGAAAACGAAACGAAACGAAACGGCUGGUGGAGGUGGGAAGCCGAACCGAGUGAGUGAAACAGAACGACCCUCCGAAUCUGCGGUCGAAUCCGCUAGGCCGUUCGGGUGUCCUAUGCAGGCAGCGCAUACAGCUAAAGACACGCGUACUUCGAAAAAAGGGGGGCUGUGAGAAAGUGUAAACUUCUCCGAGCCGCCGCCAAUCCUCCCCAAGGAGUACUGCCAGUAGAACGGUCAGCCGAAGGGAGUGCGAGCGAGAGCGGGCAUCCAUCGCGCGGCACUCGAUUCCAAAGAAGAAGUUGUUAAUAUAUAACAAGUUGCAUCAUAGUCUUAAGACUUCAGUCUUAAGAAAGUGAACCGCCAAUAAACAUCUUUCGCAAAAAAGAACAACAAUACGUAGCAGCAAAACAUCGCACCGCGACGACCGCCAAGGAGGUGGUGUUCCGCGCGCAAUCUCGAGUUAUUUUUACAGAAAAAAAAAGUUUUUCGAAUCCCUAACGCGAACGCGGGUUCGGACGGUUUGAGCCUUCAAGGAUUUUCCGGGAUCGAGCAGCAGCAGCAGUGGCAGCAGAAACAGCAACAGGAAGCUGAGUCAUUCCGUCCGAAAGUUUGGAUAAUUUAGUUUUCUACAAUGGAUUACUUUUAUUUCUGGAUCUAUAACCGAAGGAAGUGAGGAUGAAAUUGUACCAACGUGAAACGUGACGGGAAAAGUGGAAUGGACUGUUGGAUUUUUUUAACAAAGUGCGCCAAGAUGCUGAAGGACUGAAUGUGAGAAGAAGUGCAAUAUUUGAGGAAACUUAAGUGCAAUUGGAUAAAUUUUUUUCGGAAAAAAUAGUGUGUGCAAUCUGAAAAUAACUUCGAAUUUGGUGAACAUCAGAGUUGGAACAAAGUGUUUAUUGGUGGUGAAAUUUGCGAGAAAAAUAUGGAAUCGCCUCAAAUGUACGAUACAACUCAAAUUCAAGUGCGCAGUGAUAUCAAGAAACUAACAAUGGCAGCCAACAACAGUAACACCGCCAACAACAAUAAUGCAGCUACACCGAACAACAACAAUUCACCGUCAGCGGUCAACCAGAAUACGUUGGCCCUCAAGCAACAGCAACAGCAGCAGCAGCAGGCACAGCUGAACCAAAGCCUGCAAACCAACGGAAACGUAUUAACCAACGGGAACCUUCUAUCGAAGCAGAUGCUGCAGCAAAUUCAGUACUCGCAAAGCGAGUUGGAUGAGCUUACAUCUCAGGAAAUUUCACUGGACCUCCAGCAUCUGAUCGACGAUCAGUUCCGUGAUCCGGAGGCCCUCGGUAUCUUUACCGAAAUGGUUACCGUCGGCAGUACCAACGGUAGCGUGACAAAUCCCCUGGUACAGACAGCGGCAGCUAAGGCUCUCCAGCUGCAGCAGGCUCGACUGUCCCAGCAUACGAACGGAAACACCAACUACCAACGAUCUCUGGCGUACAUGCCACAGCCGGUGCACACUGGUGCAGCCUACGCGAACAACUCCAGCGACGAGAACAGCAGUGUCGGAUCGUCCGAUUCGGCCAACAUCAAAGAGGAACCGGUCGAUCCCAACGAAUACCGCCGUCAGCUCCAGCAGGCAUCCGGGGCACAGUUCAUAGGUAACACCACCUACCAGCUGGCCGGCGGUGGUGCCGCUGGAGGUGGCGGACUCGGAACGGGCAACUACGUGACCAACGGAAACGGCAACACCUUCUCGAAUCUGACUCCAGCUACGGUACUGCAUCACCAAACCCUACCACAUCUGGCCGGGGCAGCACAUCUAGCGAACCUCACCAAACACAACAAGCUCCUUCCGCACGUAUCCCGCAAAUCCCAGCAGAAACACAUCGACAAAGGAACGGACGAAUACCGAAGGAGACGCGAACGGAAUAACAUCGCCGUGCGGAAGUCCCGCGAGAAGGCCAAAGUGCGAUCUCGGGAGGUGGAGGAAAAAGUCAAAACACUCCUCAAGGAGAAGGACGUCCUGCUGCGGAAGAUCGAGGAGAAGAACAACGAGAUCCAGCUCUACAAACAGCUCUACAUGCAUCUGAUGAACCACAGUAACCCUGAGAUAAAUCAGAUCUGUCGCAGCGCGCUGAAUCUUCCAAACAUGGGUGAUCAUAUGUAGGAUUAGUGACUCGUUUUUUAUGUAACCAACAUACCACCUAUUCCCCCCCCCCCCCUCACACACACACUCUUCCUCGCCUUUACCCUCUCCCCUACCGUACCGAGCUCCAUCACUAUUCACCUCACACAAACAUGCAUAUCGCGCGAUUAGAAGAAGUGGUCUGUCUAGCUUGUAGUAAAUUAAAUCGCAAAAAAACGCAUUAUUUAGUGAAAUUUAACGAAGUGUGAAAAGUAUGUAAAUAUUAAUCAGAAAAAAACGGAGAACUAGGUGUGAACGCAUGCAGCAAUGGUCCAGUCCUUUACAUUUGAUGAUCGUUUUAGUACCAAAGACAGUAUGUGUUAAAAAUGUGUAUAAACGUGCGGACUGCCAAGGUCCGCACCUCGAUGAUAAAGAAGAGAAUAUAAUAAAAAGUUAGGUAAAAAGCUGUGCGAGGCAUGAUUUGGAAUUGGAAUACCUGUAAAUAGACUUAAUCCUCCUUUUACCCUGUACAUGCAUCGAUCAGUUCGCUGAAGUGUGCGAGAAUGUUAUACCUUCUACUUAACAAGUGGGACAGCUUUGACAAGACUUGUUUUUACUUCUAUUACCACCUUUUUUUAUCAUAUUCAUAAUUUUAUUCGUUUUGUGAAUGUUUAAUAAAUGUUAGAAAAAAUGGCUUAGAAACGAAGUGUUAUGUUUGAUCGACAGAAAGAAAAAAAAACUUUAUUUUUUGUUUUACCCUCUUGAUCGUACAUAAUUGUUUAAUUGUUUUGUAUAAAAAGUUCGCUGCAAAAACAAACAAAAAAAACAGAACGAGGUCAGUCGUAGAAUAUGCCUUAGAUAUUCGCUUCCGUUUUACCAUCGAAUGCUACUUGUCCUGCGUGAAAGCGAGAAUGUAUGUGACCCUCAUCAUAAAACGUCCUCAAACCGAAGCGUUAAGGCGGUGAUUGCUAGAAACAAAGUUACCAAUCUCAGUCCCUUUUAAGGUUCGUUUGUGUAAGUAAAACUAAUUCGUGUAAAAAUCUCAUCUUCUCAACCAGUAUAUAAAAUAAUGCAAAUCGAAAAGACACAUUACCCAUCUUCUAAUGCUGCCGCUACUGCAUGCUAAUGUAUACGUUAAAGCAAAGGUCAAAACAACGCUCGGAAAUGUUCACAAUUAAUAAUUGAUAGUUUCAAUAUCUGGAGCUGGCCAAGCAAUGACACGCACACGGUCGUCGCAAACUAGGCUUAUUUUGCAUAGAGAAAGUGAUGUAGAAUUCUAAUUCGAACAAAACGAAAAAAAACAUGGCGGUAGCAGAAAAAAAACGAAAGUGAACUAAAAAGCAAACACACAAGCACACUGACUUACAACACAAGACUCGACCACCGCAAGGUGAAAACUAUAAUAAUAUAUAAAUAUAUAUAUUUUUGAUACAUAUUAAUGUCAGCAGAAUGUAAAUGAUAGUUCUAUAUUUUGCUAUUACGAUAUAGACAAAGGAAGCCAAUAGCAUUGCGAAAACUUUACAACUGGCUGGAUAGGGAAACCGAAAAAACCGAUUCGUUACCAUUUAGGCUCGUAAUUGUAACACAACACGUGUAGCGUUUCUAGUUCUAGGCUAGUGGAAUUCUGGAUGUUCUAUAACCAUGCUCUUUCAUUUCUUUUAAUUUUUUUGUUGUUAUUUUUCGUUCGGUAUCAGUUGUUAAGCAAACAAACCGAAAACGGGGAUACGAGUUAAACUAGUUUUUUUUUUUCAAACAAAGACUCUCAAAUUUCUAUUAUUAUAAAUACCCAACUCACACAGAGGAAGAAAAAAGAAACAAAAAUAUACAAACACACGCAAAAAAACCAACAAGAACUGUAUUUCUCUCAGCUUGAAAAGUCUGUUUUGAAAAUAAGCGAAAUAAAGAAUGUAAU